AUGGCCCAUCAGAGGCGGCGGUCCCGGCCUGUGGCGCUGGAACCCAUGCCCCCGGGCAUGAACUGUAAACCCUGGUACAAAGACAGACUGCCUUCCAAGUACUUUGCAAAGUCCAAGGACAGGCCAAAGUUCCCCACCUCCUUGAACUCCCGGAGUUGGGUGUUCGUGAGAGAGGGGUUGGACGACUUCAGGAGAGGUUGCCCACCUUGCGGAGAGAUGAUCAUUCGGGGCCCUAAGGAGAGCUGUCUACCCGUAAUUUAUCCCACGACUCCCAGAGCUGCCCCGAAGAGUUGUCGGAAGAAGCUUUCUAAGGAAUCAGCCCUGUUUUCCAAGCUCUCCCCAGCCCAAAUAGCAAGGAAGGCCUUCGUGGAGGACACAGAAGCCCAUCUGAGGUCUCAUCCCUUGGCUUCCUACCUGGAUCUGGAAGAUGAAAUGCCUGUAGAGCUCUUACAAAAGGUGCUGGAAGUACUAGACCCUGACAAGAAGCUGGAGGACACCUGGGCUUAUUGUCAGGAUGGCAGGAAAAGAACGAAGCAACCCAAAGAGCUUUUAAAAAAUCGUUCUACGAAAGUCUUUCUGAACCUUCCCAAGGUGACACCUGUGCCAAAUCCAGAUGGUUGGCUUGAAGAAAUACAGGAAUCCAUAGAGGAUUUGCCCGAAGCACCUCCUAUUCCAGAAAAUAUAUCCACAGCAGUUGCUGACUUCUGCGAAUGGGUUGCUACCUUUGAAUGUACUGGCGUUGAUGAAGAGUUCGUCCUGAAUAAGUUUGACCUUUGUUCUGAUUGCAAACCAAAGCUUGGUUCGCCCAAAAUAAAGGAUAUAAUCCUGGUUCCUCCAGAAAUAAAGUACUCUGAGGGGCUAAGUAAAAAGGCACAACCAAAAUUCUCCUUACCAGAACCAGACGUGGUGAAGAAACUCCAUGAUCUAGAGACUACUCCUCAAAAGAAGCACGUGAAGAUGAGGUAUGGAGCAUGGUACCUGAAGCCCAAGCUGUGGAAAAAGCUAAGAGAAGAUGAACCUUUGCUUGACCCCAAUGCUGAAAAUGAAGUUGAAAAUGCCUAUUUUAGAAAGGAUAGAAAGGAAUAUGACAUUCUUGCAGAGCUUUAUGGAACAAUUGCCUUUAAGGAUUUCAUUCUAAACAAGGGUUAUACAAUGCCAAGUUUAAUUGAAAGGGUUUUUAUGAAGAAGGGAUGGAGAAAACUUUUAAUAUACUAUGGAGACCCGACAGAGCGGACGGACCCAGGCUUCCUGCCUCAGGCUUCCGGCCUCAGCCAGGCUCCACGCACGUGGGCUGGCGCCGCCUCCUGGGCCCGCGUUCUAGGCCCGCCCCCUUAA